UCUUGGAUAAGGAGGGGGGGAUGGGGGCGCAGUAGAGCCGUCAGAACUGAGCCUGUGGGAGCCCCGGAGCGAGGCAGAGACCCAGCCCGGCCGCCGUUGCCCAGCCCGAAGCAGAGCCGUACAGCGCCCAGAGGGGACCGGGCUGCCGCCGUCGCCGCCACCGAGAGAGCCAAGCUGCACAGCCACCAGCUCCCCGAGCCCAGUGCCACAAUGGCAACUGCACCUUACAACUACUCUUACAUCUUUAAGUACAUCAUUAUUGGGGACAUGGGUGUAGGAAAGUCCUGCUUACUUCACCAAUUCACAGAAAAGAAAUUUAUGGCUGACUGUCCCCACACAAUUGGGGUCGAAUUUGGUACAAGAAUAAUUGAAGUUAGUGGCCAAAAAAUUAAACUGCAGAUCUGGGACACAGCAGGACAAGAGCGAUUUAGGGCUGUAACACGAAGCUACUACAGAGGAGCAGCAGGAGCUCUCAUGGUCUAUGAUAUUACUAGAAGAAGCACAUAUAACCAUUUAAGCAGCUGGUUGACAGAUGCAAGGAACCUCACCAAUCCAAAUACUGUGAUAAUCCUCAUAGGAAAUAAAGCAGAUCUGGAAGCACAGAGAGAUGUUACAUAUGAAGAAGCCAAACAAUUUGCAGAAGAAAAUGGGUUAUUGUUCCUUGAAGCAAGUGCAAAAACAGGAGAGAAUGUUGAAGAUGCAUUCCUGGAGGCUGCCAAGAAAAUCUACCAGAAUAUCCAAGAUGGAAGCCUGGAUCUGAAUGCUGCAGAGUCAGGUGUACAACACAAACCUUCAGCUCCACAGGGGGGUCGACUAACCAGUGAACCCCAGCCCCAGAGAGAAGGCUGUGGCUGCUAGUGACCUCUAUUCCAUGGCUCCAUUUUUGACCUUUCGCCUCUGUUGGAAGCAGUACUUUUGACUGCUUCAUUGUCUUCUGUACAUCUUACUGGGUUUAAUUAAACUCUGAGACAACAGUUUAACACAAUACUAAACUGCUAAACAACUUUAGAUGUAAUCAGGUUAUCAAAGGCAAGUAGAGUAAUAAAACCUCUCCUGCAUGGUAAA